AUGGUUGCGGUUGCUGUCGAUGUAGAUGCUGCCGAUGAUGUUGAUGGCAAUGACAUUGUUGCUGUUGUCAUAUUUGAAUUGCUGACGUUAAUGUUUGUAGCUGCCGCACUGCCACCAACGCUACUACUGCAACAGUCUGCUGUACAAAAGUUGCUCGUAGCAUUAACUUCCUUCUCUGGUAGUGUAGUCUUUAAAGUGGCAAAACGCAUACAAUAUAAAAAUAAUAUUGCCAAGAAUUUGGAAAGUAAAAAACGUGUUGUUAAAAUGCUGUCCGUUUUGGUUUUGGAAUUUUUUAUAUGCUGGACACCACUUUAUGUUAUAAACACCGCGGCCAUGUACAUCGGUUCAGCCAUUUACGAGUAUAUUGACUAUAAGUCCAUUAGUGCACUACAAUUGUUGGCGUAUUCAUCAUCCUGCUGUAAUCCUAUAACAUAUUGUUUUAUGAAUGCAAAUUUCCGCCGUGCAUUCUGGGAUACAUUCAAGGGCAUGCAAUGGUGUGGCAAGCGAUUUCAACGGAAACGUUCCACAGCACAAAGUGGUGCGAAUUUAUGUUUAGCUGGCAGCAUACGUGUCAAUAGUUGCACGGUACAGACAGUAAUUGAUAGUCCACGUUUGUAAAAUAUGAAAAUAUUAAAGUUGGAAUUACUUUUUCAUACUCUUUUGUGAAUUUGGAAACCUCAUAUAAUGAAGGUGUUCUAUUAAAAUUACUGUGAAAAAUUGUGAACCAACCCAUAAAAGUUGUAUUACACUGUGAAAUGUUAAAAGCGAACUAACUCACAACGAAUUGUAGUAGAUUUUUUAGUUUAAAAAAUAUACAUAAAUAUUAUUUGAUUUUUGUAGCUUUUCUAAAUAUUUUAUAAUGAAUAUUAUAUAACCAAAAGAUAAAUUGUCAGUUUUAUAAAUUCAUUAAACUCUUUAUUUCGUAAUAAGUAUUUUUAUCACAUUAUAUUUUUUUAUAUUUACAAAAUCAAAGUUUCUCAGAAGUGAUUAUAUGAAAUAUAAUUAAAUUAUAUAAAACAUUAUAAAAUUUUUAAACCGUUAUGUUUAUCUAAACAACUAAUCUUAUGUUAUAUUUUUUAUUUUUUUUAUACCCACCAUCAAAAAGAUGCGAAGAUACAUUUAUUUUGUCAUUGGGUUUGUAACACAUCGAAGUAUUUUAUAGAUUCAGACAAAAGUUUAUAAAUACAAUAACAAAAAUAUUUAAAUAUAUGUAUAUAAAUACAUAAAGUCUUAUGUGCGAAAUUUACCUUCUUUGAUGAUGGGUAUAUAAGAUUCGGCAUAGUCGAAUAUAACUCUCUUAUUUGUAACUUUUUGUAUUGCUGUUAUCUUCAAUGGACUAUAAAUGUAGCAAAUACUAGAUAAGUAUUGCAAAUACUAUUAUUGAGUUGAGUUCAAACAUCAAACCAAACGAAAUUUGCAUAUUUUUAUGCAAAUAUAUUUUUAAGAAUUACUCUAAGAAGAACAAAAGCAAAAUUGAUUUCCUUAUAAAUAUAGUUUAUUUAUACAUAUGUGUUUAUAUGUAUGCAUAAUAUAAAAUAUUUUAAAAUAGUUUUUUCUUUCAAUUUUAAAUUUUUAAUAAAUGUUUAAAAUAAAU